AUGACGUCAGCGGAAACACCACAGUCCACUGUUUUUCGUAGUCAUCCUUGGCUAACGGCUCACAACCGAAGAGUUGACUCUACCGCGUUUAAAGUCUGCAUUUUGUGUGGUUGUUCAUUAAUCGUAAGACAGAAUGCCGUUGGAAAACCUAGAGGAGGAGGGUUUGCCCAAGAACCCAGAUCUGCGGAUAGCUCAGCUAAAGUUUCUGCUCACCAUGGAGGCUCAUCGACAGGAUGCUAACGUGAAGACGGAGCUCAUGGACGCUAUCAAAGCUAACAAUAUGGCACCAUAUUAUGAGGCCCUGUGUAAGGAGCUGAAAUGGCAGCUGGACACUGAGCUACUGAGUAAAAUGAAGAAGGCCAACGACGAAGAGCUGAAACGCCUGGAUGACGUUCUGGAGGAUGCAGAGAAGAACCUGGGGGAAAGUGAGAUCCGGGAUGUCAUGAUGGCCAAGGCUGAAUAUCUUAUUAGAAUUGGCGACAAGGAGGGGGCUUUGACUGCUUUCAGGAAAACAUAUGACAAGACAGUGGCCUUGGGUCACAGACUAGACAUCGUCUUCUACCUUCUGAGGAUUGGUCUCUUUUACAUGGACAGCGACCUCAUCACACGAAACUCAGAAAAAGCCAAGAGCCUUAUAGAGGAAGGAGGAGACUGGGACAGGAGAAACCGUCUGAAAGUUUACCAGGGCCUCUAUUGUGUGGCAAUCAGGGACUUCAAGCAAGCUGCUGAGCUCUUCCUCGACACGGUCUCCACCUUCACCUCCUACGAACUCAUGGAUUACAAGACUUUUGUUACUUACACUGUUUAUGUCUGCAUGAUUGCUCUGGAAAGGCCUGACCUACGAGAGAAGGUGAUAAAGGGAGCAGAGAUUUUGGAAGUGUUGCACAGCCUGCCUUCUGUCCGUCAGUAUCUCUUCUCACUCUACGAGUGCCGCUACUCCGCUUUUUUUCAGUCUCUAGCAAUGGUGGAGCAGGAGAUGAAGAAGGACUGGCUUUUUGCUCCUCACUACCGUUACUAUGUGAGAGAGAUGAGGAUCCAAGCAUACAGCCAGCUGCUGGAGUCCUACCGCUCACUCACUCUGGGAUACAUGGCAGAGGCCUUUGGCGUCAGCACAGAAUUCAUUGACCAGGAACUGUCCCGAUUCAUAGCGGCGGGCCGUCUCCACUGUAAAAUCGAUAAAGUUAACGAGAUUGUGGAAACCAACAGACCUGACAGCAAAAACUGGCAGUAUCAGGAAACCAUCAAAAAGGGUGACUUGCUGCUCAACAGAGUUCAGAAGCUGUCGAGGGUUAUUAACAUGUAAUAACCUCCAGUGUGAUCACAGCGCCAUGUUCUGGAAUUUUUCCCCCCAACACUUGUUUGUCUGACAAAGUGACUCUUAUAUUGUGUACAUAAUAAAAACAUGUUUUCCUGCCAAA